AAAAAUCGAUUUAAAAUUGAAAAUACUCAGUCGUGUUUGAAACUUCCAGUCAUCAGGACAAAAUUUUCUUGUUAAAAAAAAAGAAUAUAAUAAAUAAUAAAAUGUCACAUUCAUUUGUUAUUUUAUUUGUUGUAUUGGUUGCAUCUGCAAUUACAAUAAAUGCUCAACAUUGUGGACAAAAUAAACAUUAUGUUAGUUGUGGUUCUGGUUGUGAAAUAAGAACUUGUGAAGAUCUAAAUACACCACCGCCAAGGUUUUGCCCUUUCAUCUGCAAUAGUGGCUGUAUUUGUAACGAAGGCUACAUUCAACUAUCUAAAUCAGAUGACAGAUGUGUACGAAUAAAUGAUUGUCCACCAAUUAUACAAUGUAGAUUAUAAAAAAAUUAUAUUUUUAUUGAAUUUUAAUUCCUAUAAAUACGUAAUUUUAAUAAACUGGAAAUUAUAAUGAACUAAAAAUUAUAAUACACUACGAACUAUAAUAAACUAGAAAUUAUAAAAGACUA